AUGGCAUCCCCUCACAUGCUCGAGUUCCUUCUGAACCUCCCCCUAUGUGCGUCCUUCAUUUUCAUCUCUGUGUAUGCUUUCAAUCAACCCGUCAAAUCUCGUCAAUUACUCUACUCUUGCCCUUCAUCAUCACCCUCAGCCCCACCUUAUUCUGUCAUCUGUGCGCCGGCCGCAUCAUCCCGAGGACCAUCUUACCUCGUCUCAUUCUCCUGUCCAUCAUAUCCCUCACCAGAUUCAGGCCCAGGGGUAGCGAAGAUUGAGGUCUUCACCGUGGAGAUUAGAAAAGAUUAUUGGGGGAGAUUUCCCGCUGUAGAUUGGCUCAGUUUGGUCGUCGACGGAGCCCAGAAAUGCAAAUCUUUUGAGUACCCUUGA